CGGAGGGAGUACUAUUUAUCUAAAAAAUAUCCACUAAUUAAAUGCACAGAUAAGCACAAAAUCCCCAAAAGAUAAUCAAAACCACGAAUCAACGGUUAAGAUGAAGCAGCUUUGAAAGGUCAGACAGACACUCGUCUCAUCACCCCAAAAGUGACACCAAGUGCUUCCACUACAUUUUUCCAGCGUCAUCAUAUUAUUUAUUGUCUCUUUUUUGACACUCUCUACAUAUACUUUUUUCAUUGUAAAUUUGGUUUAGAAUGCGAUUUUCAUGGAGCAAUUUGGUUGAUUCAUCCUCUUUCUGCCAUUUUACUCUAAUCCCUGAUUUUACUUUUUCUUUCCUUAGAGAAUUUUCUUAAAUCCCAAAUCCUCCUUUCCUAUUCCAAAAAAAAAUAUCAUCUUUUCCCAUCUUAUUUAACCACAUAGACAGUGUCUACUUUUGACUGAAACCAAACUUCAAAGAAGAAGGAAAGAAGGCAAACGAAAUUAAGAAUUGUUAUGGCAGCUCGGAGGAUCUCAUCCCUUCUCUCUCGUUCUCUCACAUCCUCUGUUGUUUCUCUUUCCAGAGGUAUAAACAAUCUGUGUGUUGAUCAUGACUCUGUUUUUGGUUUCGAAUGAUUCAUUUCUCCAUUUUGUGUGUGUGUGUGUGUUCAUCUUCAUCCUUUACUUCAUACAUGAUGGGUUGUAUGAAACUAUGAAUGAAUACACGUGAAGAAAAAGUCUGGCGUUAUUUUUGAUGUGUUUGUCGGUUUAUGAAAGUGAUGGGCUGCAUUAGGUUGAUGAUGGGUUUCGCCUUGUUCUGUAGUGAAACUGGCUUUCUUCUCACUUUGCUUUGCCCCUUUUUCUCCGGAGAUGUUGGUUUCUUUAAUUUUUCACUUGAAUUGGUAUAAUCCAAUGCAUGUGACUAUGUUUUUCUUAAACAUGAUAUCCCAUAUUUACAUUAAUAUGUAUCGUAUGUUUCUGUCGGAUAAAAGAUGAGAUUUUGAAGUCGAUACAUGAGAAUGAUGCAGAGAAAUCCCAAAUUUUUAGUAUAUAAAUAAAUUUAGAAAGAGUCUGGAAGUCCUGUGUAGAUACUGGGUAUGUGUACGGGUUGGAUUUCUUUUUCUUUUUCAAAAUAAUACAUUUAUGUUGAUCAAUGUGUUGACAAUGCAUUAUAGUAUGAGGUUAAUAAUCCUCCCUCUUGGCCUGAUGAUGAUGAAAUUACCAACUUUUGUUAAAAUGUUGGGACUUAGCCUGUUUUAUUUGCUUAGUUGAUGUCCUGAAACAUUGUACUUCAGGAAAAAAUUCCUAUCCCGGCAGAGGAAUCCAUCGAUUCAGCACUGCCGCUGCUCUUGAAGACCCAAUCAAGCCACCUGUUUCUAUUGAGCACACUCAACUCCUUAUCAAUGGUCAAUUUGUUGAUGCAGCCUCAGGCAAGACUUUUGAAACUCUGGACCCUAGAACAGGGGAAGUGAUUGCGCAUGUUGCUGAAGGAGAUGCAGAAGAUAUCGAUCGAGCCGUUGCGGCGGCUCGCAAGGCUUUUGAUGAAGGCCCAUGGCCUAAGAUGGCUGCUUAUGAAAGGCAAAGGAUAUUGCUGCGAUUUGCUGAUUUGGUGGAAAAGCACAAUGACGAACUUGCAGCAUUAGAGACAUGGGAUAAUGGCAAACCAUAUGAGCAAGCAGUUAACGUGGAAGUACCAAUGUUUGCACGCCUAAUGCGAUAUUAUGCUGGAUGGGCUGACAAGAUCCAUGGGAUGACUAUUCCUGCUGAUGGACCGUUUCAUGUUCAAACCCUGCACGAACCAAUUGGUGUUUGUGGACAGAUUAUUCCUUGGAAUUUCCCCCUUCUAAUGUAUGCUUGGAAGGUUGGACCUGCAUUGGCAUGCGGCAACACUGUCGUUAUUAAGACAGCAGAGCAAACACCACUAUCUGCCCUUUAUGUAACAAGGCUACUCCAUGAGGCUGGACUUCCUCCCGGUGCUCUGAAUGUGAUUUCUGGCUUCGGUCCAACAGCUGGUGCAGCUCUUUGCCGUCAUAUGGAUGUGGACAAGCUUGCUUUCACAGGAUCAACUGAAACAGGAAAGCUGAUUCUUGAGUUGUCUGCUAAAAGCAACCUCAAACCUGUAACUCUGGAACUUGGAGGAAAAUCUCCUUUUAUUGUCUGCGAGGAUGCUGAUAUUGACAGUGCCGUCGAGAUGGCUCACUUUGCGCUUUUCUUCAACCAGGGACAAUGCUGCUGUGCUGGAUCAAGGACAUAUGUCCAUGAAAAGGUUUAUGAUGAAUUUGUAGAGAAAGCCAAGGCACGUGCACUGAAACGCAGUGUUGGAGAUCCAUUCAAGCAGGGAAUUGAACAAGGUCCUCAGGUUGAUUCCGAACAGUUCCAAAAAAUCUUGAGAUACAUUAGAUCUGGAGUAGACAGUGGAGCUACCCUUGAGACUGGUGGUGAUCAAUUUGGUGAAAAGGGCUACUACAUUAAGCCCACAGUUUUCUCUAAUGUUCAGGAUGAUAUGCUGAUUGCACAAGACGAGAUUUUCGGCCCUGUACAAUCUAUCCUUAAAUAUAAGACUCUUGAUGAAGUGAUAAAGAGGGCUAAUAAAUCUGCGUACGGUCUGGCUGCCGGGAUCUUUACGCACAACCUUGACACAGCCAACACCUUGAUGCGGGCAUUGAGAGUUGGGACGGUGUGGAUUAAUAGCUUCGACACGUUCGACGCCGCCAUUCCUUUCGGAGGGUACAAGCAGAGUGGGCAGGGAAGAGAAAAGGGUGAAUACAGUCUGAAGAAUUACUUGCAAGUGAAGGCGGUGGUUACCCCAGUAAAGAAUCCGGCAUGGCUGUAAAUUGUGAUUGCCUUUCUCUCUGAUUCAUCCUGUUGUUUUUCCAGAAAAAAAUUGUUAGGGAGCCUUCAAAAUCGCAUCUUUUGGUGGCAUUAUGUCCAUGAUGAUGAUGAUAAUAGUAAGCAGCUUCGGAAGUAUGAAUUUGUGGUUGUAAUGGAAGUUGGCAUUAAAAGCUUUUUUUUUUUGUAUUUAUGUUUGACUCCUACCUUGUCUUUAUGUGCAUGAUUUUCCAGCUCUGCGUGAUUGAUAAUUUAUCCACUUGCUUUGUUUUGUUUUCUUCCUGUGAUUUUGAUGCCUCCUGAUGCUGCCUGAUAAGAACAACAUAACAAAAAAACAGUAUGGCCAUUCCCAUUUCCCCACGUUUUUGGGUUUUUUUUUUUUUUUUUUGCAUUUAUAAUUUUAAAAUGUGUAUGGC